CCCAGUUUCCACACGCCCAGUCCAGCGCUGCGGCAGCUUGCAACUGCUCGCUGUACGUGUCGGUUCAAGUGAGAAAAUCAGCAGCUCCUCGUCAUUAUGCUGUCGAGCUUUUGGUUUUGCUCACGGGAACGCCUUUAGUCAUACAGCUAAUAGCUCAUUUGUUCGCAAACUUGGAUAACACGCUUGGAUACUUGUCGCGAUGGGAGGAAGAAGCAGAGGCGCACCUGGAUCUGACGAGGACUACACCUUUGUCAGUCCAGUUGUCAAGUAUCUACUGUUCAUAUUUAAUUUCAUAUUUUGGAUAAUCUCCCUGGUGAUGGUGUCAAUCGGUGUGUACGCCCGCAUGAUGAAACAUGCAGAGGCAGCUCUGGCGUGUCUGUCAGUGGACCCUGCUAUGAUGCUGAUGGUCUUGGGUGUCCUCAUGUUCAUCCUCACCUUCUGUGGCUGUGUGGGCUCCCUGCGAGAAAACAUAUGCCUUCUGCAGACAUUCUGUAUCUGUCUGACAGUGAUCUUCCUGCUCCAGCUGGCAGCUGGGAUCCUAGGCUUCAUCUUCUCUGAUAAGGCUCGGAAUAAAGUGACUGAGGUGAUCAAUAAUGCCAUCGUCCACUACAGAGAUGACAUUGAUCUGCAAAACCUCAUUGACUAUGGUCAGAAAGAGUUUGGCUGCUGUGGUGGUGUGACAUACACUGACUGGUCCCACAACAUGUACUUUAACUGCAACACGGACAACCCCAGCAGAGAACGCUGUUCUGUCCCCUUCUCCUGUUGUAUCAUAUCCAAAGACAAGACGGUUAUCAACACUAUGUGUGGACAGGGCAUGCAGGAAUCAGAGUUCCUUGAAGCUGGAGACCACAUCCACACCAAUGGCUGCAUAGACAAACUGGUGAACUGGAUCCACAGUAACCUGUUCAUACUGGGAGGCAUCGCCCUAGGAUUGGCCAUACCACAGCUGGUUGGAAUCCUCUUAUCUCAGAUUUUGAUCAGCCAGAUCAAAGACCAGAUCGAGCUCCAGAACUACAACCUCAAGCACCACUCUGACCCGUGGAGCUGACCCAGGCUGGAUCAGACCAUAUUCUGAUGGGGUGGGAGCACAAAUGCCAGUUCUCCGUCUGUCAUCUCGGCUUGGAUUGAGCAUUCAGUAUCAUUGCUCUUGGACUUAAGACUCGUGUUAAGCGAGCAUGUGGACAAACCAUUAAUGUGCUUUCUAAUACUUGGCAUGGAGGUAGAAGUCAGUACACACAAAGGAAACAGAUGGAGAAAUAGUACUCUGUCGCCACCUACUGGACAUAGACUAAGCUUUAAUUUACCAAACUUUAUACAGUAGUUCGUAAAAUCCAAGCAGAAGCAGGGGGAUCAUUUUACUACUAUCAGUAUAAUCUACAACAUACUUUUGUCAAAGAAAGUAUAACAAUACAACAGAUUAAUAAACCUUUUUUACAACAUAGUUUUAGGGUGUUUCAUUUUACAUUUGACUGUAAAGAUAAUGUUUGCGCCAAUGGUCUGACUCUCCAUAAUUAAAUGGCCAUGUUAGGCUGCUUUGUUGUCCUGCCGAGACCUCACACUGCACAUGAGGUCAUUUCCUCACAUUUUAGCCAGCUGACGGCCUGCAUGGCUGCAGAGCCGCUGGAUUUUGUGAGGUUUAUGUCUCAAUAUGCUGCCAAUGUAAGUAAAUGCUUGCCAAACCACAUACGUUCUGUACACAGUUUAUAUUCUGUACAUAUGUUGUGGCUUUUCUCAAUCCUGUAUGCAUCAUUUGAAACCUGUUCUCACCUUCUUUUGUAAUAAUUUUCAACUGAAAUACAAAAGGAAUGGGGAAUUCCCAAUUUUCCACUAAAGCAAA